ACCCCAGUGACCAGGGUCUGAAACCUGUUAUUCCAAAUUCCACACAGAACUUAGAAGAAAGAGAAGUUGUAAAUGGCGUACAGACAGAACUGACAUCCCCAAAAUCUAAGGAUGCAUUGAGUGAUAUGACAAGAACAGUGGAGAUUUCUGGGGAAGGAGGACCCUUGGGGAUACAUGUAGUACCCUUCUUUUCUUCUUUGAGUGGAAGGAUUCUGGGACUCUUCAUCCGUGGCAUUGAAGAAAACAGCAGGUCCAAGCAGGAGGGUCUGUUUCACGAAAAUGAAUGUAUUAUAAAAAUCAACAAUGUGGACCUCACAGAUAAAACCUUUGCUCAGGCUCAAGAUGUCUUUCGGCAGGCGAUGAGAUCUCCAAGUGUCCUCCUCUGUGUGCUUCCACCUCAAAACCGUGAACAGUAUGAAAAGUCAGUCAUUGCACCACUUAGCAUUUUUGGUAGCUGUGAUGGUGCUUUGAAAGCAAAAGUGCCACCUUCCACCCAGGGAAAAUCCAGACUAAAGACAGGAAGUCUCACAGAAGCGAGAAGUCCUGAAGAAGAUGCACCAAAUUCACUGCAGCAAAGCAAGAGCCCCCGAGUGCCAAGAGUGCCUAGAAAGCCACCAUCUCCCUCACUCUCUCCUCUCAUGGGAUUUGGCAGUAAGAAAAGUGCGAAGAAAAUUAAGAUUGACCUAAAGAAAGGUCCUGAAGGACUUGGUUUCACUGUGGUUACCAGAGAUUCUUCCAUCCAUGGUCCUGGUCCCAUUUUUGUAAAAAACAUUUUACCAAAGGGAGCAGCAAUAAAAGAUGGCCGCCUGCAGUCAGGUGACAGAAUUUUGGAGGUGAAUGGCAGAGAUGUCACAGGUCGAACUCAGGAGGAACUUGUGGCCAUGCUGAGGAGCACUAAGCAGGGAGAGACAGCAUCACUGGUCAUCGCCCGCCAAGAAGGAAGUUUUCUGCCCCGGGAGCUGAAAGGAGAACCUGACUGCUACGCACUUUCCCUGGAAACAGUUGAGCGACUCAUCCUGGAGAUCCCCCUGAACGACUCUGGCUCUGCUGGCCUAGGCGUGAGCUUGAAAGGGAACAAAUCUCGAGAAACUGGAACAGACUUUGGGAUUUUUAUCAAAUCCAUCAUCCAUGGAGGUGCUGCCUUUAAGGAUGGUCGUCUACGGAUAAAUGACCAGCUGAUCGCAGUGAAUGGUGAAUCUCUUUUGGGAAAGUCCAACCAUGAAGCUAUGGAAACGCUGAGGCGAUCGAUGUCUAUGGAAGGAAACAUACGAGGGAUGAUCCAGCUGGUGAUCCUGAGGAGGCCAGAGAGGCCAGUGGAGGAGCCUGCAGAGUGUGGGACCCUCUCAAAGGCCUGCCUUGAGAACUGUCAAAACGCGGUAACCACCCCCAGGAGAAACCAGAACAGGGUGUCGCCUCCAUUUGGCACUUACAGUCCACAUGACAAACAGAAAGAGCCAUUGCUGCCCAAUGACGGAUGGGCCGAGAGCGAAUUACCACCUUCACCAGUUCCACAUCCAGUCCUGGAAUUGGGCCUUGAAGAUUGCAGCCACAGCCCUGGGAUGGAUUCAGCAGUAUAUUUUCCAGAUCAGCACAUCAACUUCAGAUGUGUAACACCAGCCAGGCAGCCUGAACAGAUGAGUCUGAAAGCCUCAAAGAGCAUGGACCUUGUGCCAGAUGAAAGCAAAGUCCAUUCAUUGUCUGGACACAGAUCGGACUCUCCAAGUAAAGAUUUCGGUCCAACAUUGGGUUUGAAGAAAUCCAGUUCCUUGGAGAGCCUCCAGACUGCAGUUGCUGAGGUCAGGAAGAAUGAACUUCCCUUCCACAGGCCUCGGCCCCACAUGGUUCGUGGCCGUGGCUGCAAUGAAAGCUUCCGAGCCGCCAUCGACAAGUCUUAUGAUGGACCCGAGGAACUGGAAGCUGAUAGUCUGUCUGAUAAGAGCUCUCACUCUGGCCAAGGGGCUCAGAAUUGUGAAUCUGCCCCUCACGGGAACUUGGAGCAAGAGGAGGUGGAGAAUAGAGCCAGAAAAAUUAAAAAAACCAAGGAGAAGGAGAAGAAGAAGGAAAAGGGCAAGCUGAAAGCCAAGGAGAAAAAGCAGAAAGAGGAAAAUGACGAUCCAGAAAGGAAAAUGAAGAGGAAAGGCUUCGGUGCCAUGCUGAGGUUUGGAAAGAAGAAAGAUGUUAAGGGUGGGAAAGCUGAGCAGAAAGGAACUCUGAAGCAUGGAAGCCUGAGAGAAGAAGAGCUGGAGAAAAUGAGAGAAGAACGGGAAAGGAUUGGAGCAAAACAUCAGGAGCUAAGGGAAAAGCAGGCAAGAGGUCUUGUUGAUUAUGCCACUGGGACAGUUGGAUCACUGCAUGAUAUGGAUGAUGAUGAAAUGGACCCCAAUUACGCCAGAGUGAACCACUUCCGGGAACCUUGCACACCGGCAAUUGUCUACAGGACACCAUCUCCCCCCAGGGCUGUACCCCUGAGCUACCCACGGGAUGGCCAUCCACUGUCUCCAGAAAGAGACCCCUUAGAGGGCCUGUAUGCCAAGGUCAACAAACCAUACCAUCCACCUGUGCCCAUUGACAGUGGCUGCCCUCCAAGUGGAAGCACUGACCGCAUCCAGCAGCUUCGGAAGGAGUAUUAUCAGGCUCGGAGGGAAGGUUUCACUUUAUAUGAGGAUGACGAAGGAAGAGCAAGGCCAUCUGAUUAUGAUCUUCACUGGGUGCCUGGAAAGGGUCCAGACGGGAAUGCACACACCCUCCGCUUUGAGGGCAUGGAGAGGCAGUAUGCGUCCUUACCCAGGGGAGGCCCCAUGGAGUCCGUAGACUACCUGGCAGCAGCACCUCGAGGACUCUACAAGGAACGGGAGCUUCCCUAUCAUCCAGGCGCUCAUUCUAUGCAUCUUCCCAAGGGGAGCUAUCCCCGCCCCCCAGAUUUGAGGGUCUCAGAUCUCCGGUAUCCCCAGUACUACCCUCCUCCACCAGCCCCCCAACACAAAGGACCCUUCCGUCAAGAUGUUCCACCUUCCCCUCCUCAGCACCACAGAGUACCAGCCUAUCAAGAAAUGGGCAGACCAGGGCCUCGAGGGGGUAGCCCAGACCGGUACCUCUACCGAGCCCAGGACCCCAGGCAGAAGAAUCCCAUGACCGCAGCUGUAUAGCUAAACACCGCCGAGCUCCACAGGUUUCAGCAAGGACACUACCUAGCAUCACCUUUGCCCAUUCUGGACCAUAGGACCAUCUUCCUGUAAGAAUCCUCUGUGGUACAACUUAGGAUGUCCUCCCAAGGAUACAGCAUUUCACCACUAGUCAGAGAGAAAUGAAAGGGACUGGGGUUUGGGACUGAGGAGGGGUGGAAUCAGAAGGAAAAAGAAUCUGGUCAUCAAAACAGCCUGAUAUCUGAUAUAAGUUUAGAAUUGGUCCAUUCAGUGAGUGGCAGUUGAAAAGGCAAAUGACAAUAGAAUUCUGCCCCAGACGCCUUCUGGCUCCAUCACCCCGCACACCCCAUGCCACACACCACACAGAAGGGCAGCACCAGAUGCCUUCUGGCUCCAUCACCCCGCACACCCCAUGCCACACACCACACAGAAGGGCAGCACCAGAUGCCUUCUGGCUCCAUCACCCCGCACACCCUAAGCCACACACCACACGGAAGGGCAGCCAAUGGUCUCUGCCCCAUCAUCGUCCACUCUAAGGCUGAGCUGCUGCCACCUUUUGAGUUUUUAAGUCUGAAAAGUGUCAGCAAACAGGGGCAUCUUAAGUGAGUCAUUUUUCCACUGAGAAAAAGAAAAAACAACAGCAAACAUGACUAGUGAUCGCUUUGCACUGUCUUGCACCCAGAGGAAGAUGACAUGUCUUUAUUUAUAAAAUUUCUCAGAUUCCCAGUAUCUCUGAUUUGAUAUAUGCAUUUCCCAUAUUUCCUCCAUUUUUAUAUAAAAGCAAGAAGCAAAUGCAGUAUGGCAGUAUUAGCAACCUGGGAGAACAUGCAACGCUAGUCAGCUUCCAGCAGAAAUCUGUUCCAAGGGCCAACGUGAUCAGGUGAAGAGUGCUAAACUCCCCGAGUCCUCCUCACCUUCCUCCCUCUACGUUCAGCCCGACGAAAGCUUGGCAAACCUGGUUUCAGAGACAUCUCCACGUCUGCCUGCAAUUGCUGUAACUGCGGGCUUGACUUUAGGUUCCCAGUGGAGGGUUAAAUGUCAUUGGGGAAAAAGAAGGCCCACUGAGGAGGUCACACAGAAGUUGUGCUCCCCAGAUGACAGAUCCAGACUCAGUGCCAAGCAUUGCCAUCCACAUCUGGGGGUGGGGGAGGGGCUAACUGUGUCCUCUGGAGACUGAUCACCAGCAGGUUGUAGAAGGCAGAGGUCGUGUGUGUGUGUGUGUGUAUGUGUGUGUACACCUGAUUACCAGUAGGGGGAAUGGAAGAUGAAAAGCUUUCUGAAAAGUUGAGGAGAGAUGAAUAAAACAAGAUGGGGAAGGAAGAAAAAAGAGACAUGAAACUAACUCAGGCUUCAUCUGCUGUAUUUAAGAAAAGGCGGGACAUUACUAAUGGCCAGGUCUCCAGUUGAGCAGAUGUCAGGGCUCUGAAAAGUUAAAAGCCUGAGCUUUGCAGUUGUUUUGUUGUUUUUUUCUUAACAGAACUUCUAAAUUUUAUAAUCUGACCUAAAUAAGAAUACAAAACAAAAAUCCAGCAGACACCAAAUCUGGGAGCUGCAGUUUGAGUCAUUCAGUGACCCUCAGAAUAAUUUAAAUAUUUUCAGAUUUGUGCUUUCAUCCCUCCCCCUCAAAAAAAGAAAAAUUUUUUGAUUCAAAGUAGGCAUAUUUUAACUGAGAUUAGAAUGACCUGUUUGUCAAGAUUUAAGAAAUUAUAGUAUGAUUGAAUGUAUAGUGUCCAUGCAAUAUCCAGCUUUGUCUUAUUUUUUAAUUUAAAAUGGAGUUCUGUCACCAAGAAUGAAGCACCUGCUGGUUUUAAACUUAAAUCAUGUUAUUUGCUGGACUUUAAGAGUAUUAUUUUCUCAGACUACAAUUUACUUAUGACCCUCUUGAAAAUCAACUGUCAAGUUGGUUUUUGUCCUGUCAUCUCUAAAGCCAGACACCUUUAGCCUGUUUGCAAUAUGUGUAAGAAAUUGAGAAUGCCUAGCCCUGCUUACCCAAAGGUGGUAUUCAAGUGAGCUGUAGGGGUUCCUGGCCAACAUGCCGAAUGUCGUCUUCCCCUCAAACUGAAGAAUCUUCAAGAAGAAAGCCAUCUAGUGAGGGAAACUUAACUUCUUUUGAAGCAUUAAAAAUCAGCUCUUCGGUAUGAAACAGAGUUUAACAAGUUUCUGUGGACUACUUGACACAGCCAAGUCAGAAGUUCCUUCUGGAUGAAGGCCAAGGCCACACAGGGACAGCAGGAACCCACGGGAGUGAGAUGUGUUGCGUGUGGGAAAGUAGCCCCUUAGGAAGGAUGCCUCUGUCGUCACCACCCCAGCCACCUCGAGAGCACAACACCUCCACACGCGAGCUGGGGACCAGCUUCUGAAGUGUGAUUUUGUAUUGUACACUAGUCAGUGAAACAGGGCUAAUCCUGGGGGCAGCCCAUACUGUGACAGUAUUGCUAAUGGAGGCAGAAAAUAGGUGGUAGCAGAGUGCUUUUGUUGCUUUAAGUAUAACCCAUGCCCCCUUUGACCCUGUCCAAAAGAAACGAACCCGAGACAUGAGACAUGGCUCCACCAAGCCCAACAAUGAUUAAGACUAGCUCACAUGUAAGCUCUAGAAAUGCCUGCGUAUCAGCCCUCCACUCGUCACCACCCAGAGGUUACAGAUCACUUGGCCGUAUUUUAGGAGAACAAGUGGUUUAGAGUAGUUAGAGGACCAGGAAAUAUCAGUAGGUGCCCAAUAGCAGGAAAUAAGUUCCCAGUUCAUUUGUGACUUUCAAAAACCUCAAUCAGGUGUCCCCCUUUAGCUCAGUGCACUAAUUGUCCCACAGAAAUAGUGGAACAGUAAGCUGAAGAGUUUUCAGCAGUGCAGAAGGCUAACUGACCUGACCCGACAUGGCCAAGCCAUCAGAGAGACCUUAUAAUGAUGCUUAGGCUGCAAGUCACUGGAUACUUUAAGGAGCUCAGUUUCAUGCCUUUCUGCAGGAUUACAGAGCUGAAAGGGUGGAGACCACCUGAAACUUUUACAUGCAAGGGAACUCAGCUCUGCAAGGGAGAGAAGCCCAACCUGACCUCCUUGUCUUUGACAUUGUGCUCUAGCAAUAUCACUGCUUCCCUACAAUGGCAAUGAAAAGCAACUCAAUGGAAUCUUUCCUUAAUUUGUGAUUGAUGAGCUGACAAAAAUGGGAAAAAAAACCUACAGUGAAAUUCAUUAUUCUUAGUUUUUAGAUCUACAUACAUUGACACCCACAGGAACAUAUGGAGCAAAGAUCUUAUAAUAAGAGCAUGCUGAGAUCCACAGACCCCUGCUAGAGAUUUGAGACUUCAUUGUAGCUUUGUUUUUGCCACCAACAAAGUAAAAUUAAAAGAUGAUUCAUUAAUCCAGAUUCUUGAGCUUCCUGAGUUAAACCAAUCUUCUGAAGGAAAUAGAGCUGACAGCUUUAGGACUUGUCAGGCACGGAGCUGGUAUGCAGAGAUCAAACCUUUAAAGCAUGUUUAUUCUGCUGAACUGUAGCCAUAACAUUCAUUUUCUUUGGAAAAACAUCUUAGCAUUUCCAGAGAGCUAGAGCGCUCAGAAAAGUUUGGUAUGAAUAAGCACGUGUGACUGUACAGUCCCCUUUGACAUUAAACUCUGAAAUCCACAAUGAAUGCACUUCAAAUUGGUGCUAAAUUAGUUAGACACCCUACUGCUUCCUGAGUCCAGGAGCAACAGAAAGUCCAGAUUUAGUGCAAUUAGGCAGGAGGGAGCUGGAUUUGGUAGUAUUUCUCUGCACUCCCAAAUCAGUGCCCACUUAGGUGGAAAUGAUGCUACAAUGAGGCCAGAAAGAGGAGUCUCCAUGAGCUGUCCCUACAAAGUCAGUGGGCUGAUAAAAAGGCAGAUGAGAGUCAGAUAUCUAAAAUAAGACUGAACCUCAUAUGCAGCUACCACUUCUAAGUGAAACUCUUUCUCCUCCAUGUCAUUAAACAGAAAUAGACUCACACACUCGGCCCCACUUUUAAGGCAGGCUUAACUACCAACCCUGCGUGGGGAAUGAACUAACCUAAAGGUUGUCUCUUGACUGGGCUCUUAGAGUGUUCUGUUCCAUCUAAGCCGACGGCAGUGUUACUUACUCCUGACACAUAAAAUCAGAACCUGAUGUUUAUAUGGUCACUAUUUCUAGUGUGUGCAGUGCUUUUGUGAUAUCGACUCUGCUCUUAAGUUCUGAAGAUAAAUUAUGAGAAAUCCUAUUUUGGCAUAUAAGGAUGAACUUUUUAAAAUGAUCCCAUUUGUA